GAACAAUGAGGUCUUCGAUGAUCCACAGCAACGGAACAACCAUCUUCAUGAUCCUUUUAGUUGGAAUAGUUUUAUUUGAGAUCACAACAACAAGUGCAGCUCCCCGCCAAGCCAGGUAUUAUCCUGGAUAUUAUUCGUUAGAAGCCCAAAAUCCAGAUUAUCUCCUCCAGACCAUAGCCAGACUUAGGCAAGCCCUUAUCAAUGACGAUGACUUAGAAAACUCUAAACGAGGCCUGGACUUGGGACUCGGCCGCGGAUUCUCAGGAUCGCAAGCAGCCAAACACCUGAUGGGACUCGCAGCUGCAAACUUCGCAGGAGGUCCAGGACGAAGACGCAGAAGCGACGAUGACGAAGCAUAAGAUGUUCCAAUACCUAAACCCUCAUUACACAACUUCCUGGCGACGCUGUCUUAAGCCGCGUCUACACGAGCAUAAAUCCACCAUUUCUGGAAACAUUCGACGUUGCUUUCAUCAAUCAACUGUCAUCUUUUUACUGUUAGGGUAAUUGAUGAACAACAGUUGGGAAACAUGUGUACUUCUGCUGUUGUGGUUAAGAGCUUCCGUUAUUUUUGAUAUUACUUUAUAAUUAUCUAGAUAAUAUGUUUGGAAAGGCAAGCAACGAAGUACAACAAAAUCGAUAAUAAUAUGUUUCUACAAUAAACACUUGCUCCUGUGGAAUCAUACUCAAAACUGUGAAUUCUUUCAUUCGGUUUUAACUGUAAAGUCGCGCUUUAUCUGGACCUCAUCACGAUCAGCGCCUGUAGACAGCAAACUCCUCGCAUGUGCACUUUUAACUUGAUGGUUCACAUCUAUUAUAAAUUCAUUAAGAGUGUAAUUGUUGAUAAAACAAAAUUUGACCUGUAAUCUAUCCUAGCCCACACUGGAGGCAAAUAUAAAAUAAUUCUUUCAUGAAGGUGAAUGUUAGUCUAACAAGAAAACCGAUGAAAAGUUUUGAAGAAAUAAAUUCCAAAGAUUUGCAAGCUGGGAUCGUCCAACCGCGAAAGUAUUUGAUAAAAAAUUGUGAUUAGUUCAAGGCAUGCAAUUUGUUUUGCCAUUUUUGUUCUGAUAUAUAUCGUCACUGCAUAGUAUUCAUUCGAGAAGUUUGCUACCUUCGAACAACUCUCAAAAUUCCAUACUAUUAGGUUGGGUAACUUCACAAUUCAAAGUGUGUGACUGGUAGAUAUCUUGAGGUAAUAUUUUGGGCAUUUUUCAGCAAUAGAACCAAUUUCAGAUAUGCAGAACCAUUGCAACCUUCCAGGACAUGUAUUACUUCAAGAUACAUAUGUCAAUUUUAUUUAAAUGUUCAUAUACAUAUAUGCGUAUUUAUAUUUUACCAGUAAAUCGAUAUUUCACGAAGAGAGCUUUAAUUAAAUUUUAUGGUUUUCAUUGAAAUUAUUUUCAAUGUACUCUAAUUGAGUAAUUAUCCAGACCAAACAAACAAUUAAAUACUCAUUUGGUUUCAAACGAAAUAUGCGAACAUAACGUCAGUAAUAUUCGUGUGGAAAUUUCUUGCUGAAGGUUACUUAGUUAAUUUUGAAUUGAUCUCAUUAAGUGAUGCGACCCCAUGGUUGCCAACUGCGGUAAAACAAUGACAUUUGACAAUUUGACAUUUGCUAAUGAAUAAAUAACCUAUCUUUCUGAGUUCCUUCUGCAUUUUCAUUUUUGAGACAUAAUUGGGACAGACCAUCUUAUAUUUCUUCAUAGCUGAUUCUUCAUUCUGGAGCCCCAACUUCAUAUAGGACAACUGGAAAUCUCUUGUCAGACAUAUUCUGGAAAUCAGUUUCUCAUUUACCAAAAAUGAAAAUGCAGAAAGAACUCAGAAAGAUAGGUUAUUUAUUUAUUAGCAAAUGCCAAAUUAUCAAAUGUCAUUAUUUUUACGCAGUUGGCAACCAUGGGGUCGCAUCACUUAAUAAGGUCAAUUCAUGACAGAUUCCCGGCAUGAAAUGUCAUUUGAUUUGUCUUGAUAAUACUCAAAAAUGUUGCCUCAUUUUUUAUGUUUCAGGAAACUUUUGUGUACUUUCCAACUUCCAGAGAUGUAGAUAAUAAUUGCUCCUGAUGACUCGGCUUUAAAGUUCCUAAAAUUUUUCUUUUUCGAAAUUUGUGUAUUAGAUCUGAUGUAGAAAUAUAUUAGAAAAAUAACGUAUCGAACUAUUGAUAUUCUGAAUACAAAAGUAUUUGACGAAUCUACAAUAUUUCGCCAAUUACAAUGUACUGUGAAUUUCUGUGAAUACUAGAGGAUUUUUUGAACCUAGGAUUUGACAGACACUUCCUUAAAAGAUAGUUGAUGCACCCUACUGAGUUGUGAUGGUUACGUUAAUGUCAGUUAUUUAAGUGGAUAAAUAAAUGUACAGUGAAUAUAUUUAAUUUCAAUAAAGUUCAUAAAAGUAA